AAGCAAACUAACAGACUCUGCAUCGCAAAUACAUGAAAUAUGACUUACUAGCUGAAUACGCCUCAAAAAUCGACGUCUCCGUGUAUUGCGUGCUUUAUUCAAAAAAUUAGACAACUCGCUGUCGUCUAUUAAAAAAGUAUAUACCCACAAAGUUAAUAAUAGUACAAUUCAAUAUUACCAUAACUAAAUGACUAUAUUUAUUUUCGGCGUUUUUCUCAAACGAUAGCGAAAUGUGUAGCAUUGUGUUUGAUGCAGAGGUGGUUGUUCCACCCAGUCACCUGAACGUGGCCUUUUUUGAGGAAGUGCUUGAGACAGCACUGCGAACCGCAAGAGUCCAAUUGCUGGCCAUACAUAUUCGAAUGGGCAGCAGCACUGGGGAAAACUAUUGCAGUCAAAUAUAUCGAGCGAAAGUAUCGUUCAAGCGUCCCGACCAUCCGGAGCAGCAGAUGGUGUUUAUUGUGAAGAGCAUUCCUCGUCAAGAUUCAGUGGAGUUUAUUGAGGAUCUAGAAGUGUACCUAAAGGAGAAGAUCACGUACACCGAAGUUCUUCCUCGACUAGAGCUGAUGAUGCAAUGCAAGCGGCGCUUUGGACCCAAACUUUACCAGUGCAUCAAAGAGCCGGAAAGCACUCUUGUUUUCGAAGAUAUGGGUCAGGUGGGCUUUAAGAUGGCCUCCCGUGAGUUAGGUUUGGACGAGGAACACUGUCAACUGGUGAUGGAGCGCUUGGCGGAGUUCCACGCCACUUCGAUGGUCCUGGCGGUGCUGGAUCCCCACAUCUUCGACGCCUAUACCGACGGCAUGCUCUCGCCGAGGGGGCUCGCGAAGGACGACGGUCUGCUGAUGCGCUUUUUCGCGGGCAAUGGGAAGGAACUGCACAAUCUGGUGGGCUCUUGGCCCGGUUUCGAGCGCAUUGCAGAGAAGAUCGGCAAGUACAUGCAGAACCAGAGAGCUAAUCUGGAACGCAGCCAAGCGCCUCAAGAGAAGGAGAUAAAGGUUCUCAACCACGGUGACCUAUGGGUAAACAAUUUGCUAUUCAAGUACGACACAGCGCAGAGGGUGCAGGACCUUAUCCUCAUCGACUUCCAGCUAAGUGUUUGGGGCAGCCCGGGCAUUGACCUCAAUUAUUUCUUCUAUACCAGCCUCACUCUGGAGGUGCUGCGCCACCGGCGGUCUCAACUUCUGCGCUCUUACCACGCUAAGCUAGCUAAAACGCUGCUCAAUCUCGACUUGGGGGUCCCCGUUCCCAGCUACGAGCAGAUCCUAGAAGAGGUUCACCGCCGCGAGGCCUACGGCUUCUUCGCUAGCUACGGCAUUUUCCCUACUGUCAGCCAGGAUAAGGCCCAGACCGCCGAUAACAAUCUGGAGAACUUCAAGGAUGAAGACUUCGCCAACCAUAAAGUACGUCAGAUGUUCGAGUCGCGCCGACUGGCAGAGACGCUGCGCUACUCACUACCAUACUUCGAGCGCGCCGGCGUUUUUAAUUGAAUUACUUGAACUUUUAAAAAUACAUACAUUAACAUAAACGUAUGUAUAGUAAUUUUAAGCAAUUUGAGGUGGUUUGCUGGAAAUUAAAAUCUAUUUUCACUUUUAAUGAA